GGACAGCUGCUCAUUUAUUCACUUCUCAAGGAUUAUUAACACUUGUUUUGUUUUACAAGAGCCUGCAAAAGAAAAAAGAAAAAGAAAAAUAAUGGAUUUAUACAGUUUAAUUUCCGUGGUAUCAGUGAUGUGCUCCUGGAUUUUCUGCACAGCUCUGUCGGCACCGACCGCCUCCACCGGUAACCUGCGGCACCGUGUGCGGAACAAGCGCUGCUCCUGCGCAACUUUCCUGGACAAGGAGUGUGUGUACUUCUGCCACCUGGACAUUAUAUGGGUCAACACGCCCGAGCGCGUGGUCUCCUACGGACUGGGCAACGCGCCGCGGACGAGGCGCGCACUCGCGGACUCCAUGGCAACCAGCAGCAGCAGCAGCAGCAGCAGCGCGGCUCCGCGGUGCCGGUGUCUGCGGGAAAACGACGCCACAUGCGGGAGCUUCUGCGGGCUGGAAACCCUCCGCAGGUAUGAGACUCCGGUGAUCCGCUCCCCGGAGGGCAGCGCCGACGAGCCGCGGCGCACACAGCAGCUGGCAGCGGGCGGGAUUAAGAGGAGGAACAGUAACCGGGUGUCGCCUGCAGCGCUGAGGGCUGCACUGAAAACCCGCCUGCUGCUGGAGAAGUGGAGGGCGAGACUACGCCACAGGGCGAGAGCCUCCUAAACAACACCGAUCAGCUCCGCACCUUGUCACAGAAAGGUUUCAUAACCACGAGCCCUUCGAUCGUAUAGCCAGAGGGGACAUCUGUGCAGCGGGGAGCCACCGCAGAGCCCACCUGAGGCUACUCGAGUCCACCCGAGUCCACCUGAGGCUACCUGAGUCUACCUGAGUCCACCCGAGUCCACCUGAGGCCUGCAAACUUCCACGUUGGCUUCACGGCUGUGGCAGAGCUUUUACAACUCGACCGGGCUGCACUUCAAACAAGGUCUGGGACAAUACGAGGAGUUCAGGUGAAAGGAGAUAAGCUGAGCAGAGGACUUGGACACAAUCUGCAAAAUCAAGGACACUCAUUGAUCUUGACAGAUGUCAAGUUUCUCUUCUGGACUCAAAAAAAGAAGCACCACAAACAUUUCACAAACUUGAGGGGAAUUCAUAAAACUCCUUCCCUCAGAGAGUAAAAAUCCCCACCGUAUAUGGAAGAGGCUGCUCUACUGCUUGUAUUUCAAAUCACAGAUCAUCUGCCAGUAAAGUCAAAGGGAUGGUGUGCCUGGUGUCGCUGCUUUACUCAAGACCUGUUUCACUGACUGAAACCGUUCUGCUGCAUUUACACGACAGGUCGUCUCCUGUUCGUCAGCUGCUGGGAAGUUUUCCUCACUCAUCACAGAUUUCUGAGCAUUUAUCCUAAUUUAUGUUUUCACUCGAUGCGUGUGUUGUUGCUGAGCUCUAUUUAUUUAUUCUUUUUACACGUUGUAAUUUGAAGGCCAUAUUGGUCCGUGUCAUUUCUGUGAAAUGGUUUGUCGCUAAGCUGCCGAAUUCUGGCCAAACUUUAAUAAAUUUUUACACUUAUUUAAACCUAA